AUGGAUGUACAGCCUGGACAUUGCUGGUGUUGUGAGAAACAUCUCCCACAGAGGACUGUGUCUUGCAGCCGGUGCCCUGUUGCUGUCUACUGUACCACAUCAUGCCGGGACAGAGACAAAGUCAGGCACGGUGCUGUCGAGUGUGAGAUAUUUCAGGCAAAAAAGUGCAGCGCUUGUGGAAAACUAGGCAAAACACUUGAGUGUUCAGGGUGCAACGGUGCAUGGUAUUGCAAUACAGACUGCCAACGGAGUGCCUGGUCUGGUCACAAAACACAGUGUAAGGAAAUUAUGAGUUCUGUCAAACAACUGUCGCUGAAACUGCGUAAUCCGACAAAGUUAUAUGGGGAUUUCCCCUACUAUAUUGGAAACAUUAUGGCUAUAGACUUCCUUCAACUUGAAAACAACGAAUUGUCCACAGAUAGAGUGGAAAAGGAACAGCUGACUAGGGAAUAUCAUGUCCUCUCUGCUGGUUGUGGAAAUCUGCGUAACACAUUGUUGACAGCUGCUUCCUUGCCUGACAAGUACAAGGGAAAACUUAAUAUAACUCUUGACGAUUUUGACCCUUAUGUCAUGGCAAGGAAUGUGCUGUUUCUCUUCAUGUUGGUCCGCUUCGCAGACACUGACUACAUUGCUUCCAGUUUGACAACCAUCUGGUACUCACUCCAUAUUUCUAAGAGAGAGUACGACUUGAUCAAGACAAGCUUGGAUGAACUCAUUCAGAUGAGUGCUCAGCAACUCCACGAUGCCACCAAAGGACUUGUGAGGCUCCUGGAUGAAAACCUCAAUUAUCUGAAUCUCGUUUGGGGAAAGUGGCGAGCGUUGGAAUGUCAGCGAGACAAGAAAACCUCAAUAAAUCUCAGACAACAAAGAAAGGUUCUGUUUGAAAAUAGCAACCAAAAUAUAAAGGAGGAUCGUCCUUUAUAUCUAAAUCGUGUUAAUGCAAAAGAUAAAAAAGAAAUGGAAAAGUGGUUUGAGCAUGGGCUGUUUCUUCCCCACGAGACAAAAGUAAGAGACAUUGCAUUUGACAACCCAACACUAACUGCCCCAAAGGCAAGCGAAAACACGGCAGGAAAUGAUGUACAUUCGUUACUGGUCCCAGGAAACGAUGGAGCAUCAUCACAAGAUACCACAUUUGUGUACUGCAUUCAGGCACAAUUGAUUCCCUUCUUAGAUUGGGACUGUUUGAGAGUAAGAGAGAACACCCCUGGAUCCCACUCCUCUCCGAUGGUGAUGUACCACAAGUACGUGACAAACCUCUUUCAAAAAGUCAAGAGUCUCAUCCUUCAAGGAAGGCUCCUGAUCCAUGUCUCCUUGGCCAACUGUUUUGACUUUCCUAAUCACCAUCAAGCCUUGAACAUGCCCAACUAUGACCGAAUCUUCACCUCCAACAUUGCUGACUAUGACGGCAUUCCUAGGCUUCUCCACACAUUCAAGCCACUGCUCAAUACAAAUAACGGCUUCUCAGUGAUUGUCACUGAGACUAUGAACUGGUACCUGAAUAUUCCAGCAGCUAACACGCGAUAUCAUCAAGACAGCCAGCUCGUUAAACUAGUACACGAUUUCUGCCUCGAUAGGACUGCUCCACAGGUGAAAGGAUUGACAGCACAACAAAAUAAGUGCCUCAUAGAAUAUUACAACAACUGCUCCUACUUUCUCCAGUAUCUCCGAGCAGAAAUCAUGGUAGGGGGGCUAGGCAUUCCAAUACUCAAGGAAGUACCAUCAUUUGAGAGUGUCAAGAAAUAUCACGGCCUCCAAAUGCGUGACUUCAGGAAGGGACUGAACAAACUUGUUCCAUUCCAGUAUCGAGUGAAUAAGCGAGACCUUAACGUGCUGAAUGGAUAUGACAGAGCUGUGGAGUGGUACCUACCCAAUAGUAACAGACAAAAUCCCGUCAUGUAG